CUGCUCAGCUGCCUGAGACAGGCAUGAACACAGAGCUGUGAAGAGCAGGAGUCAACUGUCUGUGUGGAGCUAAAGUCGAGGCGGGGCGACAUUUAUCGACGGCAAGUCUUUCUCACUCUCUGUUUGCUAUCUCCAACAUUCUCGCCAACAUGCCUCAAGCAUGACAAUAAACGGGUUUCGCUGGGUGACGGGGGAAAAGUAAUGUAACAGAAAACUUUCGACGAGUCCCACCUGGACCAGAAGCACGGCGCAGCGGCAGAGCAAAACAUGGUGAAGAAGGCAAGAUGACGGACUUAACGUUUAACCAAGGAGAAGCGUAAAGAGCCAAUAACAGUGUGACUUCAGUAUGGCACAUCGUUCUCAGUGUUCCUCUGCCGGGGAUAACCCCCUGGACCCCAACUACCUCCCCCCUCACUAUCGGGAAGAGUAUCGCUUGGCUAUUGACGCUCUCAUUGAGGAAGAAUUGGAGGGAUACUACCAGUUUCUCCAAAAAGCAGAUGUGGUGGACUUCUUGGCCUCAUCUGAGAUUGAGUAUAUCUCGAGCUCUGUUCAGGUGCCUCAGCAGAGCAACAACCCUGAACAAUAUUAUCAAGAGGAUGAAGGAGAUGGCUCCUCAGACACUUACUGGCCGAUUCACUCUGACCUGGACGUCCCAGGCUUGGACCUCGGCUGGCCUCAGAUGCACCACUUCAUCGGGCCCACAGAGGUCACCACUCUGGUCAACCCCCCUGAGCCUGACAUGCCGAGUAUCAAGGAGCAGGCCCGACGACUUAUCAAGAAUGCUCGGCAGGUGAUUGCCAUAGUGAUGGACAUGUUUACUGAUGUUGACAUACUUGCGGAUAUUCUCAAUGCUGCUAUGAGAAAUGUUGCUGUCUACGUCCUUUUAGACAAGCAGAACGCACAUCACUUCGUCAACAUGGUUUCUAACUGUAGAGUUGAUCUACAAAGCAUUCAACUUUUACGCGUGAGAACAGUGUCAGGCAUCAAGUACCACUGCCGCUCAGGGAGCACCUUCACAGGUCAGAUGAUGGACCGCUUCUUGUUGACAGACUGCAGGGCUGUGCUGAGUGGAAACUACAGCUUCAUGUGGUCUUUUGAGAAGCUCCACCGCUGUAUGGCACACCUUUUUCUUGGACAGCUCGUUACGACCUUUGAUGAAGAGUUUAGGAUUCUUUUUGCUCAGUCCCAACCACUGAUCAUUGAAAACCUUGCUCCAAUGGAAGAGUUAAGCCUUUCACAAAAGAGGCAAUAUCCAAGUGAAAGAACAAUGUACAGGGAGACAAAGAAAUUUCAGUCACUGGACACCGGUCAUCCAGAUGAGGGGCUAAGGCAUCCUUACGGUGAACGCAUGGAUUUGAGAAUGAUGGCCCUUAAAAAGCAGGAAUCCUUGCAAGGCCCUGCAGACAUGCACAGUAGAUUUACACCCCAGCAUCCUCGCAUGGAUCCAUCUUUUGAUCAGGGCCCUUCCAGGAUGCCCAUGAUGGAAAAUCCUGCCUUCAAACGUCACAGUUAUGCUGAAGGCGGUCAUGGUAGAUACUCUUUGCCAUUCCUGCAGCAACAGGGAAUGCCAGAAUCUGAGAACCUGGGAAGGCAGUUCUACAGGGGGCAGCAGCCUGGACCAGCCCCAGGAAGAGAGGCAGAUACCGGUGCCAAUGAGAAGUUCUGGAACCAAGACUUUUAUUCGGCAGAUCCUAAUAUUGAGCCUGGUUUACCACCAGACGUCGAACCAGGUGAUAACUUUGACCCUGUGCUCAACUAUUUAACAUCUACCAGGAUUGCCGAAUUUGACAAAGGCUCAGAGGAAUUGCAACACGUAGCAGAUUUUCCGUUUGGUUCAUCUCACCCUAGAAGAUCGAGUCUAGGCAACCAACAAGCCUUUCAAGCGUCUCCCACCCCAUCAAAUCCAACUGAUCAGAAGCAGUCUUUCCAGGAGCCUAUCAAUGACCGCAAGGAUCCUUUGGUGAAACGGGGGCUAAGAAACUGGAGGAUUAGCUCAUUUCUAAGUGCACAUGAUAAUCCAGAAGAGGAAGGCCUGCCAUCAGCACCACUAAAUGCACAGGAUCCAUUUGAAGUGCCCUCUAACCCCAUACAGCAAACAGCAGGCAUAGAUUUAGCACUCCCAAAAAUGCCUAAGUUCAGAGAAUUUAGGGUUCCUGCAAUAUCAAGGGCAAGUCAGAUGCCAAGUUUUGUCACCACAAGACAGCCAAGGAAAUUGCCUGAUGAAAACACUGCAGUAGCAGCGGAAACAACACCAACCCCUUCAGAAUCCUCAUCAUCCACAACUGAAGUGGAGAAACUAGAGGACGUGGAACAAAAGGAACCAAAAAUGUCUGGCCUUCGAAGGGAGGAGUCGUUCCGUCGAAAAUACAAUGCAGCUCUACCGAGGAGCUCUAGGCUAAGAUCCUCUAUGAUAUUCAGCUCUCUGGACCAGAAGAAUACUGCUCCAGGUGACCAACAGGAUGAGGAAGGAGACAAAGAUGAGGCAGAACAGACAAAACUGCCUUUUGUUUCUCAAGUUAUGGGACAAAGGAGGACUGCAAGAGAACCUUUUGAGUGGAGUCGUUACAUGAAGUCAGCCACCUUAGAAAACUCUGCCACAGACCAAUCCAAACCAGAUGAUGGUAACAGUAAGCCAGAUAAUAAAGAUUCACCAAAGGAUACAAAUUCAGAGGAUCUUUCAGAGGCACAAAAAACAUUCAAACAGCCAAGUGUAGAGCAAGCAGAUUCUUCACCAUCAGUGCCCCAAUCCAAAGCUGAUCAACCAGUAGAGCCACCCAAACCUUUGCUCACCGCUCCAUUGUAUGUAGACAUGUCUGAUCCUGAUAAUAGGCUCAUGUUUUUCAAAGAACUGGCAGCAAAACGCAAAGCUGCUAAUUCUGCAGAGGCUGAAAAGAGCAAAGAGAAGGCUCCAAUGAAAACACCAAUGGAGCUGAAAAGCAACACAGCUGUUGAAAAGGGGAAGCCUGUACCAAAAGAAACAUCAGAAAAGACGGCUGAUGCUUCUAUAUCUAAGGGUUCGUUAGAUAAAAAUGCUAAUGCCAAGGAUGCAGGGAAACCAGUAUCUACAGAAGCAUGCAAAGCAGCCAGUCUAUCUUUGGAUGCCUCCAAAAGCUGUAAACAAGAACAAACCAGAGUUGCGACUGAUUCGGAGAGGAUAGAGCUUAGUAACAACCAAACAAAAGCAACUCUGCCUGUUUCUGCAGAAACAUCGAAACCUCAGAGCCAAUCACCAGAAGAGCCAAAGCUGUCAAAUCCUGCUGUAAAAACAAGUAGCUCCAGCCAUCCCCCUACACCAACAAAUGCCACUCCAGCUAGCGUGCAAUCCCUUGCACAAGGUACAGAUAAAAGUAAAAGCCCAUGCCUUGAUUCUACCUCAAAAGGGUCUAGUUCACUCACUCCCAGUUCAGAGAAGGUCCCACCAUCUUCUGAAUUAGCUGUAUUGGAUUCAAACACUCCAAACCAUGAAUCCCUUCAGUUAGAAACCAGCAUUUCUUCUGACCCAUCAGGCCAAAGCUCAUCCUCUGAACAAAUUCUGCCAGUCACUGGUUCACAGAUCAGUCCAAGUCCUUCUUCGUCUACCCGUGCUAUUUCUUCCACUUCAUCAGAAUCCAUAUCGUCUAGUGUUACCCAGAAAGACUCAAGCUCAACAGUAACUCCCAGCAUAUUGUCCCCUAAUGCACAGGAAUCUGUCAGCCCCUCCCUGCCAGCACACUCCCAACUGACGUCACCUGAUACCAUUUCAGCAACUGACUCUGCACAUGUGGAAUCUGACAUUUCUCCUGACACAUGUGCUGCUGGUUCAGAGCCAAACAAACCUUCACUACAGUCCCAUACAAAGACAGACUCUGAAGAAUCAAGUGCUCCUACACCUUCCGAAAAAGAUGUCCCGGAAUCAGAAAACAACUCUGUUCCUAAGGGUGUUGGAAAGAAAUCUGAGGUUCUUGAAUCAUCCGAGAAUGUCAAAGCCGAUAGCACACCUCCUAGCCUUAGCCCCUCAUUGCCGAAAUCUUGUUUACCUAAUGUAUCUAACCUAGAAAGCAAAUCCAAAUCUGCUACAAAUGAGACAAAUACUCCUUCCCCUUCCCCAGCAGACCCUCCACCCAAACAUUGUCCAGCAGAACCAAGCUCUCGUGUCAAAACAGACUCUACUACCAACGCUUCGAAGUCAGAAAGACAAGCAACCCCUCCCUCAAAACUUAACCUGAAAUGUUCUGUCACUCCUCCUGAAACAGAAUCCUCUUCAACUCCUUCUUCUCUUUCACCUAAGGCUGAACAAACAAAGGGUGUUGAAAAGGAAUCUAAGGUUCUUGGAUCAUCAAACAAUGUCAGAGCUGAUAACAAACUUGCUAGCCUUAGCCCUUCAUUGCCUGAAACAUGUCUACCUAAUGUAUCUGACCUAGAGAGUAAAUCCAAAUCUGUUCAAAAUGUGACUAAUACUGCUUCCCCCACCCAAGCAGUCGCUCUACCCAACCAUUAUCCAGUAGAAACCAGCUCUCCUGUCAACCCAGACUCUACUACUAAUGCUUCCCAAUCAGAAAGACAAGCGACCCCUCCCUCCAAACUCAACGUGACAAGUUCUGUCACUCCCACUCCUCCUGAAACAGAAUCAUCUUCAACUCCUUCUUCUCUGUCACCUGAGACUGAAACAACAAAGGGUGUUGGAAAGGAAUCUAAGGUUCUUGGAUCAUCAGAGGAUGUCAAAGCUGAUGGCAAGCUUGCUAGCCCUAGCCCUUCAUUGCCUGAAACAUGUCAUGUAUCAGAUCUAAAAAGCAAUCCUUCAGAGCCACCUGUACCUGCUAAAAAUAUGAAUAUGGACAGUCAGAAUGAAGCAAGGAAAGAGACUGAAAAGACUGACCCUGUUGCGAAGAAAACUGGUGAUACCAAGGCAACAAAUAAGGUCAAUAAGACUAGUACACGGGAGUCGGUUGGUAAUGAAAAAACGAAUGAACGAGUAAGCCAGAACAACUGCUCCGGAACGCCAGAGAUCACACCAGAGAUCACACCAGAGAUCACACCAGAGAUCACACCAGAGAUCACACCAGAGAUCACACCAGAGAUCACACCAGAGAUCACACCAGAGAUCACACCAGAUGUUCCUUCGUCACCACAGUCCAAGCAGCCAAAAUCUAGCCAGUCUCGCUUCCAAUCAUCAACAGCCAACGUGAUCUCAAGCAGCAACCUCAGAGACGAUACAAAGCUGCUUCUAGGGCAGAUCUCUGCCAAUAGCCAAAGCAGGAACGAGGCUGCCAAAGAGGCUCCUGUCACUGAUGAUGAGAAAGAAGACAAAGCUGACAAAAAUGCCAAAAGGGAGAAAGAAAUAGGUAUCAGGUCCCUUAGCAGAGGGCAGCCUAAGUCAAUUGAGGAGCGUGACAAGCUGUUGGAGAAGAUUACACAUAUGAGGAAGGAGAGGAAAGUUUACAGCCGAUUUGAGAUGGAAUCUUAAAUGGAAUCUUAAAUGGAAUCGUAAGAAAUGUGUAAGAAUGAACUGAGCAUAAAGUGUGUCUAGAAAGAAAAAGAUUCAAUUUAAAGAUGAAAUGAUGACCAAGAAAUGUUUCUGACCAAUGACAUUUUCUGACCAAAGACCUUUAGUUUGUUUUCUGCAACAACAAAAAAAGGAUAUUAUGCAAACAGGAAGGGGACCUCGAGCUGGCUUUAAAUGGUAAAACUAGCAGUUCAAAAAAUUAAUAGAAACCUGAUUUUCCAAUUGUAUUACAAUGACCAACAAAGGGUUUACCAAGAUAUGAACAUAGACUACGUGUGUGUGAUCUGAUGAUGAUGAAUGAUGUGUUUUUACUGACUGCAUGGGUGAAGUGCAAUGUUUGCAACAGGAUCUCUGUGAUGACGUCUGUCCUUUAUUUUUUUAACGGCACUGACAGCCAUUACAUUAAAGUAUGUUGGUUUUAAAAGUGUAAUAGAUAAUCUUUAUAGUCAGAGUCUGUAAUAUACUGUAUUUGAUAUUGUAGUUUUUCACAAGCAUGUUAAACAAAGAUGCUGAUUAUUACGAGGGUUUGUGAAACUAGUAAAUAAAUACAUUCAUAUCCACGCAGGACUCUUGUUUCAGUGAAAGUACGUUGGCGCUUAAUUUUAAUAUAAGCAACAGUGUCAACCAUAUUGUGGUAUUUUGAUGAAUUGUUUAUCAAACAAACAAAAAGUAAAAAAUAUGUCUCGUUUUUUUUUUAUGUCAUUUUUUAUGUUUAAAACCAAAGCUACAUGCAUGGCUAGAUUCCACUGGGGUAAGUGACUAUAUAUGGUGUUAUCUUAUGUAAUAACCCUAUUUUGUCUCUGGAAAUGUGCUUUUUUUCAAUGAAAACAUGUCAUACCUGUACUGUACACUGAAACAAGAAAAUCUGAGGCUGCAAAGACUACACGACAGUAUGUAAAAUUGUGCCUUGAAAUACUAGAUUUAUUGAGUCUGUCUUCAGCAGCACUUGCCCUUUGUAAAUCAAAUGGUGGUGUUAUCCUGUCAUGAAAUUGCCAAAAGAAGGUACUAUGAGAAGCAGCGCUGGUUUUGUUGAUAAAAUGUGGCUAAAUGGAGUAAUUCACAUUUAUCAUGUGCUGUAUAGAUCUUUUUCAGAUCUUACAUAAUAGGGAAAUCACAGGUCUUAAUUAUAACAUUAACUAUGACUCCAUUAUAGUAAAAUGUCCCAUUUAGCCAGAAUAAACAAUAACACCCUGAAACGUAUAUGGAACUUAAACAUCAUUCAUUAUUUACUCCUGUAAUUUUUCUAAUGGGAUAGAUCAAAAUGGGUUCUGUCAAAAAUACCUACUCUUUUUUUACUUGUCUCUAAAGAAUGAAUAAGUUGUUAUAACCUGUGUUGACAGUGUGUGAGUAUCAAGUAUUAAUCUUGAAAUGUUUUGGCUCUAUGAAACCUGAUGUACUUAUAUGAUUCUGUUUUCUUCAAGUUUGUAUCUUCUUGGUCGAAUGCACUUAUUGUAAGUCGCUUUGGAUAAAAGCGUCAGCUAAAUGUAAUGUAAUCUUAGAAACUAAUGAAAUUUUAAAAGAUCUUAUUGGUUUAAGACAUGAUUAAAAGGUCAGUUGUCAAAUA